ACGCAAAGAAGACGUAGUCUCUAUGGUUCCGGAGGACGCGGAGUCCCUUGUUGCUAAAGGUAGUCUUCACUUCAGGUAGUGGCGCUUCUGAGCGACGUAACAACUUGUUAAAACUGACCGGUUUGCAUGGUCCGAGUUCCUGUCAGCCACUAACUGCAGCGACGCUGUAUUUUGUCCUCCUCUGUAGCUGUUUAUCGCCUCCUAGCAUGUUGCUAAUGCUACAAGAUAAGCUGGACCAAAUGAGCAACGGCACAUUUUAACCAACUGGUUAUCCUCAUGCUUGACAUAUAACACAUUGACAAACCGUCACGAUGUAUCACAAAGAGAAGAGCAUUCAGAUCAAGAACAGCGCCUCGGCGCUGUAUAACAACCUGAGCGUGUUGCGCAUCGCCCCGCGGCGCCUCACCUACUUCACGGUGGUUCACGCAAACAUGGUCAACAUGGUCAGCGCGUCCUGGGAUGGACUGGACUACUCCCACCGGCAGCUGCAAUCCAAGGAGCCCACUGUGGCCACCAGCCCGUCACUCAUCAUGCAGGCUGCGUUUUGUGUGCUGCCAUCCCGUGACCUGCUGGUCGUGACCUCCCAGAAAGGCAUACAGAUGUAUGAGUCUGAUGGUUCCAUCCUGGUGUACUGGCAUGCCCUGGACACUCCAGAAACCCCCACAGCUCAGGCCGUGUUUGCACGCGGGAUAGCGGCAGUGCGGGAGAAUUACAUAUGUGUGGGCAUGUCAACAUGUGGGAUUCUUGUCUUCGAUGUGCCGAGUAAAGGCAGUAACAUCACGCUCUCCGAGGUCCUUGAAGAGCACAAGGAACCCGUCACCGACAUGGCGUCCGAGUGCUCUGGCAGCCAGGAGUGCAUCGCUGAUCUGGUCAGUGCAGAUGAUGGUGGCAACAUGUGUGUGUGGAAGGCUGGAGAGGAGUUCCACCUCCUCAAUAAAAUCCCAGGAUUUGACAUGACCUGCUCAUCUGUCAAACUAUGGAAAGGCACGGUGUUGGCUGGGUACGGAACCGGACAGAUCCGUGUUUACGAGGCAGUGACAGGAAUUAUCCACGCUGAGGUCAACGCUCAUGCUCGCUGGAUUUACUCGCUUGAUAUCGCUCCUUUCUCUGGACUGCUGCUGUCUGCUGGUGAGGACUCUUUGGUCCGGGUUUGGCAUCUUACACUGACCCCAGAAACCAACAGCGUGGAGGUUGCUCAUCUCCACAACGAGUGUGUGACAGACACCCAAAUCUGCGGUGCCAAGUUCUGUGACGGAGACGGCUAUGCGUUUGCAGUAACAGGCUAUGAUUUGAGUGAAAUAAUCCGCUACACUCAAACGUAAAACACUGAAUCUUCUUUAGUGCGUGGAUGCUACAUCAGUUUGUCAGUUAUUCCCACUGACAGAAUGUGUAUGAAGAUCAGAGGCUGGUCCACAUAGCAGUGAAACAGGGAAGGUAUUUCACUUUCUUAAAAGUUAUAAAUGUUUAUCAGGACUCGCAUUGUUGUGUCUGAAACAUUAAGUGUAAAUAUUCAAGCGUGUCUAUGAAUGUAGACUGAGUGAAUAAUAAAAU